GAAUAUGUACAUUUUAAGUUUUUUUCUUUCCUGAAGGACGUUCAUGGCGUUUGAUCGUGGCUAAAAUGUAGGUAUAAACAGAAUAAUAACCAGUUGGGGGCGCCGUCGAGCUGCAAAUGGCAUAUCCCCGUAAUAUAAAUGAACUUUAAAAAGUAAGAAAUUAAAAAGGUGUUUUUGUCCACAUUUAUCUCUGUUUAUUUAUGUUUUUCUAUUUUGUUCUUGUCAGGUUUACAAAGCUUUACGAGGUGGAAUGCAUAGUGUGAAUUAUUUGAAGACACGUCAAGUCCAGAGAGUACUUUACGUUCUGUUAAAUACGUUCUUUUUAGUUUUUGUUAAGCAUUUCUAAGCAUUGUUCUUCUGCUGUAGAUACUUCGCGUGACUGAACGUCCCUACUCUGUGUUACGUAUGUCAGUGUGCAUUCUCCCGCUUGAUCUCUUCCGUUUCCACCCACUAGAGGGUGCUGUCAUCGCAGGGGCUGGAUGGCCCGAAACAGCGCAGUGAACAUGACGCUGCUCUGGAAAAGGCUGCUCCAGCUGCUCCGCUUUGCCAGCUUCGCCAGACAAAAUUCUGUGCAGAGUUAAAAUAUCGCUUCUGUAGCUCCGUGCUAAAUAGCUGCAUUUCCAUAAAACAGAUAAAAUGAGAAAUAAGAGUUUAGAGUAUGUACAGUGCAAAGUACUUCAUCAGUGAUUAACGCAGUUUCCUCUUGCUAAUUUCUGGUCAUUUGCAGUGUGAUUCUCUUGCUGGACCAUGGCACAUCCAGACUCGCACUGCUGUGUUUGAUUCAGGUCCUGAAAUGUCAGACUUUGAUUAUGAACCUGUGGCUCAGCAAACAUUUUAUGUGUUAUUCCGGCAGAGCAUCUGGCAGGGAGUGAUGCAAUGGUGCGGCCCGGGUAAGAGAAACCAGCUGGGUCACAAAUACCAUGGCGACAGCGUUACCGAGGCGGGACAGGGGCAUCACCCAGCAGGGCAAGAAAGCACUGGGCAUUUGCAGCUGCACCAGGGACCAUCUGACUCUUGAUGCUUGUACAUGACUUUGGAUAAAAGUGUAUGCUAUGCAAAUAACAUGUAAAUGUUCCUGAGCCAUCAUGCUCCCUGUAGCUAUCUGCUCAUUAUCAGACAAAAUUGCUGUUUUUAUUGAUUUGUUGGCAUUUUGGAGUUUUUGGCACAUGUUCUGCAAGGGAUAAACCACAGACGUGUGUGUCUGUGCUGCUGGGCCGGUCAGGACUGUCAGGCUGCAGUCCUGGGUCACUCUGCUUUCAGUUUGAGGACACGGAUGUGAGGCGAAGCGUAUGGGGUAUGUUGGCAGGCUGCGUUUGCCUGCGGCUUCAGGGACACGGAUGCGAGGUGGAGCGUGUGGGGUAUGUCGGCAGGCUGCGUUCGGCAUACUUAUUCUCCCAUAACACAGAACAUCUGCAAGCACAGCCGGUAAUGAUACUUAGUUACAUUUCAAUGCAUUUUUCUCAUUAAUAAAAUAAAAUCCUAUUAAAACUGCUGAAGAUUUGGGUGCUCCCUUUGACUGCAGCAUGUCGUUGGCGUGUUAGCAUGGAGAGACUCGCAUAAUGGAGAGCACACGCAUGUGGCCCAUCCUGUCACUGCCCUGCCUCCAUAUGUUUCCAAACAGCACUCUGACAGACCAGCUGCCCUCAUGUGAAAUACAGCAGGAUUCAGUCGCAGUCAUGAAACUUUUAGUGAUGGGAGGGGGUUGGGAUCGUGUUCCUCAUUCAUCCUGGGAAUCAAUUAUUAAGCUUUUGAUCAAAUGCCCCCCAUCCGACGGACUCCUUCUGCACUGGCCGUCGCUCCCGCCUCGCCUUCGGGACAAAUUCGCCUGACAAAAACCAGCCGCAUCAUGCGAUCUAGGGUCACUCUCUUUUAUCUGCUCUGUGCUUUUGGCAGAACAGCUUCCAAAAAAGGGGUGAAAUGUGGAGGCAUCCUGUCAGCACCCGUGGGCAAUGUGACCAGCCCCAACUUCCCGGGCCUGUACCCAUACAGCACAGAGUGUUCCUGGCUCAUCGUGGUGGCUGAGGGCUCCUCUGUACUUCUCACCUUCCACCACUUCGAGCUGGAGUACCACGCCGACUGUGCCUACGACUACAUCAAGAUAUACAACGGCGUGGCCGACGACGAGGGCAACCUGCUUGGCAAAUUCUGCGGGGACAUCUCACCUCCUCACUUCACGUCCUCCUGGAACGUCAUGUCCAUUAUCUUCCGCUCUGACCGGCAUGUGGCGCACAGAGGUUUUGCAGUCGGAUACCGGAAAGACAUGUGUGGUGGAGUCCUAACUGGGCUGUCAGGCACCAUUUCCAGUCCGGGCUACCCCCUAGAGUACAGCAACAAUGCAGACUGCUCCUGGACAAUUCACGUGUCCAACCGCACUGUGGUCACCCUGGUCUUCAUGGACUUCCAGCUCGAGAACAACCAAGGAUGCAACUUUGACUAUGUGGCCCUGUUUGACGGGCCCACUGUCACCCACAGGCACCUGGGGAACUACUGUGGGAACAGCUUCCCACCAAACACCGUCACCACCUCCAACCAGCUGCUGCUGGUCUUUAAGUCUGAUUUCAACAUUGGGGGAAGAGGAUUCAAGGCCUACUACUACUCAGGAGAAUGUCAGCAGGUCCUAAGCACGAUUAGAGGGAACUUCACUAGCCCACGCUACCCUAGCAUCUACCCCAACAACAUCCACUGCCACUGGACUAUCUCACUGGCAUCUGGCUACCGCAUCAAGCUUUUCUUCAACAGCAUGGAUCUGGAAGACAGGAACAGCCUGACAGAUGACUGCGACUAUGAUUCCGUGGCAGUGCAUGAUGGGAGCAGCGAGUCGGACAACGUGCUGGGCCGCUGGUGUGGGUCAGAGAAGCCUCCGUCGGUGCUGUCUACGGGAAACAAGCUACUGAUCGUCCUCACCAGCGACCGCAAUGCAGCCUAUAAGGGCUUCUCUGCAGCAUACACGGGGGUGGUGCCCAUCAACGUCAGCUGCACCAGGACAGAGUUCCAGAUCCAGAUAAACAGGCAGGCUCUCCCACAGCUGGAGCAUGACAGCAUCUACCUGGGGAACCCCUCCUGUCCAGCCCAGAUGACAGCCUCUGAGUACAAGAUCUUGGCGCGCUUCGUUAACUGUGGCACAGCUGGCCAGAAACGCAGGAACAUCACGGUGCUGGUAAAUACCCUGUACAUCGACCUGUCUGACGGCAAGCAGGGGGACAUGCAGGAGUACGAGCUGCUGUGCGACGCGCAGAGGAAGAUGGCGUCGGCAAGCAUUGUGACAGCCGAGGAACGGGAGCGGCUCAAUGAGCUGGCGAGGCGUGCGGAGGGGGCCGCCCGCACUGGGGAGGGCCAGGCUGAGGAGGCCCCGCCUCAUGACACCAGCGACAUCGUCUUCAUCAGCAUCUGCGUGCUGGCCGUCAUCCUCAUGGUGAUAGCUAUUGUAUGGCUGGUGCUGCUCUAGUGUGCCCCCCUCAGGAAAUGAGGGUAGCUGCGAAGGCCCUUAAUUUUUUUUUAAAGUGACAGGUGAUACAACUUUGAUGAAAUUUCAUUUAUUACUAUCGUCAGCUUUUUUUUACCCUUGAUUAGAUCACAGGGUGGGUCCCCGUGUCAGCUUUCCUGGUCUUGUCAACAGAGAGUGCACACAAAUGUGUGUGUGUGUGUGUGUGUGUGUGUGUGUGUGUGUGAGAGAGAGAGAGAGAGAGAGAGAGAGAAUAGGUGGGCUCUGACUGAACCAGCACCUACUGAAAGAGGAAGGGAUGAAGUAUUACCACACUUUCCUACUGAUGGACAUGGACGUGUGAUGGGUCUUGGACUGUUUUCCAUCCAGUCCGCAAUCAGUAUUAAAAGCUGGAUUUGGCUCAAAACAA